AUGUAUAGCAAAAGCGUAGUUUAGACUGCAUAAAAAAAAUCCAUUAUAGACAUAUUUAAAUCUGAGGAUAAAGAUUUAAGUAAGAAAAAGUAAUUAGAACAAGUAGUCUAAGGAGAAAUUUGGGUAGUAAAAAAGUUUUUAUCUACUAAAUAAUGUUAAGAAGUAAUUAAAUUCUCAGAAAGCUAAGGUUUUUAAGAUGCUUUGGUUAAUGUUGGAUAUGGUUUAGGAGUUCUUGAUAAAGAUUUUAGAGACUGCAAUCGCGUUAUGAUUGACGAUGUUGAAACUGCCUAGUAUUUGGCAGAAAAACUAAGACCAUAUGUUCCAUUAUGUUAAGAAGGAGCAUUAUACCAUGGAAUGAAUGAGAGAUUCAGGAUACUAAAGUAUAGCAAAGAUCAAAAGUUUGCUAUGCAUUAAGAUGGAUGUUGGAGUCCUUCGAAAUCUAUCUUUUCUAUUUUGACAAUUUAAUUUUAUUUGAAUACAGUGGAUAAUGGAGGAUUUACUCGCUUUGAAUGGGAAGGAUGGGAAUCUAAUGAGUAUAAAUGUAAAUCAGAGGAGGGAAAAAUAGUUAUAUUUAGAUAGCAAGGAUGGUGGCAUGAAGGAUCUCAUGUUUUAAAAGGACUAAAAUAUACAGUGAGAAACGAUUUAAUGUUCAAAUUAUAUACUUAGAAAGAGUGGGAACAAUAAAAAUAACUUCAUGAUCUAACUUGCGGUGUUUGCUCUAAAAAAGUUAAAGCUGAGGUGUUACAGUGUGGACAUUUAUUCUUAUUUUGUGGUUGCCAUGCAUUCUAUAAUGGAGAUAUUCAUACAAACCCUGAAGAAAAAAAACGUCUAAGAAGUUGCUGCUAAUGUGUCAAAAAAAUAUAAUCUCCAAGCAAAGAACUUUAUGAAAUACUCUGA